AGCGAGGCGUUGGAGCCGGAUGAGCCUCUAUGCUGCUGUGAGUUUGUGGACCGUCAGGGGGGGCGGAGCCAUGUGACAGCCUGCUACUGUGACUGUGAGGACCUGGGUGAUGCCUGUGACAGGUGAGGGAGUGGCUUACUCAUCUAUAGUCAGUUACCUUCACACUCUUAGCUAAAGAUUCUUCAUCCAGUUUGGCAUCACAUCAGAAAGUAAAUGUCUGCUUCUCUCCCUCAGAUGGCUGAAGAAAGAGCCCCAGAAGGCAGACUCACUGUCCCGUCUGGUUACCAUGGUGACCGACCACCUCCGUGUUCCCUGGUUCUGGGGCGGAGCCCGGCGUGUCCAUCUAUCGGUGCUGCCCCCGCUGCUCCUACUUCCUGUCCUCCUACACAUCACAGCCCUUCACUUCCUGUUGGGCAUGGUGGUUCUGAGCGCUCUACUGGUCCUCGUUCUAUGGUACUAAUACGCCACCCACCGUAAGAAGGGCCGGACCCUGUUCUUCCUCAGCCUGGCCCUGUUCUUCCUGGGCUACAUGUAGUACCUCUUCCUCACCGAGGUCUUCUCCAGGGGGGGUGUACGGCCGCACACGUACGGCCGCACACGGCCGACGUCCACAGCACGGUGACCUAUCACAGCUCACCUCCGGACAGAGAUCCCGCCCACACCGGCCUCAACGGGGUCGGGCAGGAAGUGUUGUUCGCCGAUCGGGGGAGUGGGUCGGAGCAGCAGGACCAGGGGGUGGAGCAGAGGGAGAGUGGGCGGAGCAGGAACUGGUGCUCUGUGUGCAGGGUGGUGCGGCCACCCAGGGCGGGACACUGCAGGAUCUGUGCCAUCUGUGUCCUGAGGCUGGACCACCACUGUGUCUGGUGGGACCCCUUAAAACACCUCAGUCUCUGGAAAGGAGGCUCUUCUCUG